AUGGUGGACGGCGAGCUGUGGACCGUAGUGGGCGCCGGGGCCAAGGCCGGAGGCGUACGCGUUGACACCGCCACCAUCAAGACCCGUGGCCAUGGAGCCGCCUCCACCGUGGAAACCCGACCCCCGAUCGGUGGACUCGCCGUGCGUGAGGGGAGCGGCAUCUCGGCGCCCGAGCUCGGGCAGCUCCUCUCCACGGGCGCCGUGGUGAGGGCCCUGGAGCACGAGGGCGGCCACCUCCGCUUCGAGCUCGUCCGGGGCGAGGGGCCCGCGACCGGCUGGGUCAGCACGUGCUUCAAGGGCAAGGCGCUGGUCGCCCCGGUCGUCGAGGGGGGCGCGGACGAGGACUCCACCACGGAGGGGUCGUCCUCCGAGGAGGCAGACCCGCUCACUCCGGAGGAGGAGGUGCUGCUGGCCUACGGCGCGCGCUUCUCGGCUGGGCCCGUGGGCGAGGAGGAGCGGGAGGCACCCCGGGCCGGCGUGGACCAGGAGGCCCUGGAGUGGCGCGCAGGCGACGCCGCGGAGCCGCGGGGAUGCGCGAGCGGAGAGGCCAGGGCGGAGCUGAGGCGGGCCCUGCAGGCCGCCUGCGCCGAGGCGGGGAGCGAGGCCCAGGCGCAGCUCCGCAGGCUCAACGAGGAGGAGGCGUCGCGCAGGCAGAGGGACCGCGAGCGGAAGGAGGAGCUGCGCGCGGAGCACGGCAUCGGCUGGAAGGCGGAGAACAUCCCCGUCAGCAUGGCCUCCGUGGGCCUCGGCUGCGAGCCCCAGCCCAGCUUCAUGUGCGCGCUGGUCCUUGACGGGGCGGGAUCCAUCCGCGUGGCCCCCACCGUGGAGCCCGCCGCCGCGGUGAACCUGGAGUACCUGUCCACCGCCCUGAGGGUGCGGCGCGAGGUCGGCUGCGAGCCCUUCUUUUCCCUGGACCCGGUGGACGGCGCGGACACGGCCUCGAUGCAGCAGAAGCGCUUCGAGCCCGCGUGGCUGGCGGACACGAGCCUCGGCGAGGUCAUGUUCCAGGCAGACUACCGCCUGAAGGAGCUCUCCAUGGGGGAGCACGCGCAGCCGGUCGUGGGCAUGAAGAGCUGCCUCGACCUCGUCGACGGCCGGGAGAAGGACGUGGACUGGAACGCGCGCGAGUGGUUCGUGGUCAGGGGUGCUGCUGUUGCCGUGUCGGGGGACAACGCGCUCGUCCCGCACAUCCGGAUGGGCGUGGAGGCCCGGGAGCAGGUGGUGUCUGGCAGCGGCAUGGAGGACGCGCAGGUCACCAGGCCGGACCACCCCCUGGCCAGGUACGCAGAGGCCUUCACGCAGAGUUUCGACCUGAUUGCCGAGCGUCUCAGCGUGGUGAACCAGCUUCGCGAGGUGGCCAAGGCGUCCACUCUGGCAAAGUACCUCAUCGAUUCCGGGGUGCAGCUGGACGACUCAUGGUUCAAUCUGGCGAGCGCUUUCGAGGGGUCGAAGGUGACGAAGGUUCCCCAGCUCUGGAACGAGCGCUACCACGCCAGGGUUCAGGUGAGAGAUGGCACCAUUGACGAGGAUAAACUCAACCCGCGCAUGCACGGCGUGUACGGUGGUGUGCAGUUCGGCCUGGAGAAGUUCACCGUGGGCGCGAGGGCGGCGUCCGCCUCGGUGCAGUUCGCUCGCGUGGGAGCCCGCGGGCCGAUGCCGCGCGUCUCGGCGGCGCUCUCCAUGGCAACGAGCGUGACGGGCGGGCUGCGCACCCCGGCGAUGCGUGCCGCAGUGUCCAUGCGUGCAGGCGGCGUGCCGCGCGGCGUGCAGUUCGGCCUGGAGAAGUUCACCGUGGGCGCGAGGGCGGCGUCCGCCUCGGUGCAGUUCGCUCGCGUGGGAGCCCGCGGGCCGAUGCCGCGCGUCUCGGCGGCGCUCUCCAUGGCAACGAGCGUGACGGGCGGGCUGCGCACCCCGGCGAUGCGUGCCGCAGUGUCCAUGCGUGCAGGCGGCGUGCCGCGCGGCGUGGAUCUCAACCUCGAUGGUUUCGAGCUCUCUGAGGCUGAGCAGAGCUCGGAGAUGAUCCUCUCGCAGGUCGGUUUAGCUCCUCCGAUGGGCGCCAGCUUCUGGCAGAUGAUCGAUGACUCAGAGGAGAGUUUGUUCUGCGACAAGGACAUCGAGCUGCUGCGCGCAGUGUUCAACCCGCGUCUCUCGGACAGACGCGUGGAGGGCGACCUCUUCGUGCCCCCACCCACCUGCGGUGCGCACGCAGAGAAGCUGCGUGCACUCAUCAGGGAGGAGGCCGCUGUGCAGGAGCAGCGCAAGCGCCACUUCUUCAGCGCCAAGUUCGAGGAGAAGGAGGCCGGGGCGCUGUUCCCCUCCUCGUGGCAGGAGCCGUUCCGCGCCCAGGAGCCGCGCCGCUGCCUGGUGCCCCGGGCAGACCUGCUGGAGCAGGCGGGCGAGCUCACAGAGGCGCUCGGGGCGGCUGCGCCGAGCUUCGACCAGGUCACCGAGGAGGGCUCGCGGUUCCGCGCCUACCGGAUCGGGGGCCUGGAGGUGCGCACGUGCCAGGGCGCAGAGGGCCCCGAGACGGUCGGUGCCGUCCUCGCCCCGCGCGCGUGA